AUGAGCAAAGAUUAUAAAACUGGACGUAUACCAGAGGUCUCCUCCGACAUUCUACGCGUCUCCGGCUAUACGCAACAAUUUCGUACCCUUUUGACCGCUCGUUUUUCCCCGAGACGUGAAUCUGUCCCAAAUGUGCACUUGGAUUCGUCGGAAACCCAUGCACCAGGGCUAAUCUGGAAAAUUACAGCUAAUUAUCACUCGCAAUUCAUAAAGAACUCUUUAGUUAUCGGUACGAUUCGGGGUCCAUUUGCAGCCUAUUCUAGGAAGCGUUUUUUCUCAGCUCAAUGCCAUGUUGCUGAGGACUUCAAGCAAGUGCAAAUUGACUUCUAUAAAUUCGUAUGGAAGAAAAGAUAUGCAAAAAAGAUUGGCGUGGGCAAUUAUCCGGAACUUUGA